UCAGCUCCCUCCGGCGGGCGAAGAUGACCGUGACCACCAUACAGCACUACAUCCUGAACGUGGGAUGUUUCAUGCGUUUCCUGUCGGAGACCCCUCCGCAGUCCUGCCGCUUGACCAAAAAAGCCCUGGUCGGCCUCCGCAGGGAGAUGGGGGCGCUCCGCAAGUCUCUGAAGAGGGGCGUGGCCGUCCACCAGACGCAGGUCAAGGAGGUCAACAUCAUCCAAAAGCCCACCCUCCGCAAGUGCAGGGAACUCACCGCCAAGGCCAUCCCGGACCUUUUGAACCUCCUGGAGAACGAGCCCACCCAGAAGACCCUGUGGAGGUUCUACGAGUACUUUGCGGCGCUGCUCGCCUCCGUGUACGGCCACAGAGAGAGGGGUUCUCCAAAACAUAACUAUGCAGGAGGUUCUGGGGGCCCACAAAUCGACCUCGGAGAAGGCGUACCUGAUAAACGUCGCCAACCACAAGACGAACAUGGCUUUCGGGUCGGCCCAGAUCGUUUUGACGGAGGAGUUCAGUUGGGUCAAUCGACUCCUCCGAGUCAAACAUCAGCCCCCCGGCGGACCCUCCGCCAAGUUCCUGUUUUUCACUUCGACUUUUUGUACAACGUGCUCUGGAGUAAUUGUAAAUCCCCAAGUGCAUCGUAAAAAGACAGAAUUAUGAGGUCACCUGCACACUCUAAAAAAAAAAAAAAAUCGGAUGGACCAAACAAAGCCCAAAUUUCAACGUCUUUGUUUGGGCUAAAUUUGGUCCAAAUGGGACGGACCUCACAAAGCCCAAUUUUCAACGUCUAUUUUUGGGCUAAAUGAAGGCUAUGACGAGCCGACUUGAUUUAGCCCAAAAAACAACGUCUUAAUGACGUCUGGUGCUGGGUGGGUUUUAUAAGACAAAUCUGAGAAUUAUGAGCCUUAAAAGAGAUCUUACUAUUGUGUCCAACGUCUCUUCCAUCUCUUGAUUAUUUCUCUUUAAUG